GGCUCGUCGUCCGUUUCCUCCUGCCCAGUGAGGAGAGCGCCGUCGAGAGACCGGGAAGAAGGGGAGACGUCCGAAACACCCACUAACUCCGUUGUACCAUGAAACCGUUACCCGUGUUACCGUCUCUCGAAAUCAGCGUCCUCCCGAUCGUGCUGCUGGUCAUGGGCCUCUGUACACCUGGACAAACAGAGAUCACGAGUCUGGACACAAGCAACAUUGACGAUAUUCUCAAUAAAGCUGGGGUGUCGUUAGUGAAUUUCUAUGCAGACUGGUGUAGGUUCAGUCAGAUGCUCCACCCAGUCUUUGAGGAAGCAUCUAAUUUGGUCAGAGAAGAGUUCCCCGACACGAGCCAGGUGGUGUUUGCCCGUGUCGACUGUGACCAACACUCGGACAUAGCCCAGCGGUACCGGAUCACAAAGUACCCAACUCUGAAGCUGUUCCGCAAUGGGUUGAUGAUGAAGAGGGAGUACAGAGGUCAGAGGUCUGUGGCAGCCAUUGCUGACUUCAUCCGUCAGCAGAAGGUCGACCCCGUCAAAGAGAUACAGUCACUGCAGGAAGUUGACGCUGUGGACAGGAGCAAGCGAAACAUCAUUGGUUUCUUUGAAAAAAAGGAUUCUGAUAACUACCACACAUUUGAGAAGGUCAGCAACAUCCUUCGAGAUGACUGCGUGUUCCUGGCUGCCUUCGGUGCUGUGUCAGAGUCGGAGAGGUUCAGUGGAGACAAUGUGAUCUACAAACCGGUGGGGGAAAGUGUUCCUGAUAUGGUCUACCUGGGCUCACUCACCAACUUUGACCUGACCUACGCCUGGGCCCAGGACAAGUGUGUGCCGCUGGUCAGGGAGAUCACUUUCGAAAACGGAGAGGAGCUGACUGAAGAGGGAAUACCAUUCCUCAUUUUGUUCCAUGUGAAGGAAGACGCAGAAAGCUUAGAGAAGUUCCAACAUGAAGUGGCUCGCCAGCUCAUCAGCGAGAAAGGGUCAAUAAAUUUCCUGCAUGCAGACUGCGAGAAGUUCCGCCAUCCACUGCUGCACAUCCAGAAGACCCCAGCUGACUGCCCCGUCAUUGCUAUAGACUCAUUCAGACACAUGUAUGUCUUCCCCGAGUUUAAAGACCUGCUUGUCCCUGGCAAGCUAAGGCAGUUUGUUUUGGACCUUCACUCUGGGAAGCUACACCGAGAGUUCCACCACGGACCCGACCCAACAGACAGCACACCUGGACAGGAGGAUACGGGAGAACUGGCCAGCAACCCCCCAGAGAGUUCCUUCCAGAAGCUCGCCCCCAGUGAAACCCGUUACACCAUUCUCAGCAGGGACCGCGACGAGCUGUGACCCUGACGGCCUUCCAGCGAUCCAGUGACUCCACGCCAUGCCCCGGGGUCAGGGAGGGGGUUAGGGUUGGGACAGGCUAGUGGGAGGAAACCGCAACACCCAACACCCUUACUGAAGAAAGAGGGAGGGGGAGAAAGGAAAGUAGUCCAUAACACAACCGUGUUGGAAUAACCUAUAUUUUCAUAACUCUUAUGCGUACAAUUUUUUUAUUUUGGAUAAAAACGCAGGGGUCGGGUGGGAGCAAAAAAAAAUGUGUACGUGGGGUGAGGUGAGGGGCAUUAGGAUAUGAAGAGAACCGUUUUAAACUUUUAUUUUUCAGAGGCUUGUAAAUAUGUUUGUGCUACGUGGUGGGCGUGUCUGUCAUCAUUGGUCUAAAUUAAAUGCAGAGUUUUCUUUAUUUUAUUCUUUUCAACAUCCUGUUUUUGUUUUUUUAAUGGGGGGGGGGGGGUUGAAACAAAACAAAAAAAAAACUUAAGAGUGCGUUCCCUCACUCGAAUUCUGUGGUUCCAGUCUGGGUAGUCCAGUCUGUCUUAUAGUGGGAGAGGUCUGUGGAGGGUCACUGACCGGAUAGCUGCAUCUCAAUAGGGCCGAGACCUAGUCACCUGCGUAGCACAAUGUAUGACGUGUUUGUUGGCAGCGGCUUCUUUUCCUUACCGUCUCCUGUUCACUCGGAAACCCAUGAAAGAACGGAGAGUGAGAGUUAUUCCCGACUGCUUCGCUUACCAUCGAUUCACAUCAGAACCCGAGGCAGAAGAUGAGGAGGGGGGGGGGCCCACUCUAGACUAUUGAGAUCCACCCCUCAUCUCCCUGGUACUAAACAGUUAUUGAUGAUAAUGAUGAUGUCACUGAUUUGCCAUAGAGCCCCCUGAGCUGCGUUCAGAAAUUAAAAUGGUUCAAAAAAUUUUUUUUGUUUGGAGAUGAUGUAGUCCAACAUGAAUGACUUUUCUUUUUUUCUUUUCUUUUUAAUGUUUUCAUCCUGGUGGAGAGUGACUACAUCUUUCCUGUAUCUGGCCCCAGUGUUUCAAAGGUAAAGACUUGGAAAGACUGUAACCUGGGACUCGGUAGUCGCCGUCUAUAAAAUGGCGUCCUCCCUAUAGGUUCAGCGUUUUGUCAGGUCUCAUUCCCCGAGGGGUCAAAACCAGUUUGAAUGGAGCGGAGACACGAGGCCAGAUUAAGUGGCACCGGGACACAGCGGCCAUGUUCAUGCCACGCAUCCUACCUUUCCAUAGAAAGGACCACGGAUUCCUGCAAAGCUGACAUAUCAGCCUGCGGGGGAGAGGAGAGACUGAGGGGCAGGGACGCCAUUUCCAAACCAAGUCAUCUCAGCAGGGGAAGAAGACUGAACAAAUGGGAACAAAAAGUAAAUUAAAACCAUUUUACAGGA